AUGACGGACCGUAUCAAGCAAAUUGCAAACCAGCUCAACUUCCCAAGAGGGCUUCUUGCUGGUCAAACAGCAAUUAUUACUGGCAGUGGGCAAGGUAUCGGUGCCGAAGCCGCGCGCCUCUUUGCAAAUGAAGGAGCAAAAGUCAUCGUCUCUGACAUUGACGGGCAGAAAGCCCAGUCGGUAGCAGAGAGCAUCAACGCAUCUGGCGGUUCGGCACUCGCCGUCCCCGGCGACAUGCUCGACGAUGCCUAUCUGAAGACGCUGGUGGCCAAGGCGGCCGAGUUCGGCAACGGCAAGAUCCACAUCAUCGUGAACAACGCGGGCUAUACCUGGGACGGCGUGAUCCACAAGACCACUGACAAGCAGUGGGACGCCAUCAUCGCCCUGCACGGCACCGCGCCCUUCAAGCUGAUCAGAGAGGCAUCGCCGUACUUCCGCGUCAAGGAUGGUGAGCCGCGGAACGUCAUCAAUAUCUCCUCGACGAGCGGGAUCCAUGGGAACGCAGGCCAGGCAAACUACGCAUUCGCAAAGGCGGGCGUGAGUGGACUGACCAAGGCCAUCGCCAAGGAAUGGGGCCCGUCGUUUGGUGUCAGGGCGAAUACAAUUGCCUAUGGCUUUAUACAAACGCGGCUGACACAGGCAAAGGAAAAGGGGGCGUUCAUCACGGGACCCGACGGCGAGAAGAUCGCAUUGGGGAUUCCCGAGGCGCAGUCCAGGGCGGCGGGUCCAGCGCCGCAUGCUGAUAUCCCAUUGAGGAGACCCGGAACGCCCACUGAGGCUGCCAGCGCAAUUUUAGCUGUUGUCAGUCCAUUGUUUUCUUAUGUUACGGGGCAGACCAUCAUGGUUACUGGUGGAAGAAACAUGUAG